AAUUGCAAUUUACUCAACUUCUAAUUUGCAGAGACCGGGAAAACAAAAAUUAUUCACUGUGUGCUCCGCAUAUCCUUCUCACCGCUCUGGUUUUUAGGGAGAAGGAAAAGAAAAUCACAACACAGGUGGAACCUAACGAGUGAAUCAAUGGGUCCAUGGCCACUAUGAUUGGAUUUCAAAAAAGCUUCAUCUCACCUAAUGUCCGCAGCUCAGCAAUCUAUUUUCACCGUCUUCAAUUUCACCACCAUUGUGGAAAAAUUCAUUCUUCAUUUUCUGUUGCCUGUGUGCAACGUUUCAAGCACAAAAGUAGCUGUUACAAGGGUGCACUUGUUGCAUGUUUGAGUAAUAAGAGGAUUUUUAGUAGCAAUGCCAGGAGCCAUGUUCCUCCUGAUAACCCUUUUAAAAGAUUUGGUAAUGGUGGUGGCAUGUUGAAAUUCACAUCUGAGGAAAAACACUUGGUCCUUCAAGCACCGAGCCUCCAGCACUGGUUUAAAAAUUGGCAGAACCUUAGGAAACAAAAGCUGACAGCUAGUACUUUUGCGGCUGCCAUUGGAUUUUGGCGUCGUCGAAGGUCUCAACUGUGGUUGGAGAAGAUCGGUGCUAUAGAACCAUUUUCUGGAAACCUUGCCACAUGUUGGAGCAAUAUCAAAGAGGAAGAUGCACUUGAAAGAUAUAAAUUGAUAACGGGAAAUAAUGUAUUGUUUCCUGAAUUUCAGGUCUACAACGCAAAACCAGAAGACAGUUGGCUAGCUGCUUCACCGGAUGGUAUAAUUGACAGGCUAGUAUAUGAAUUGCCUUCUCACGGUGUGCUGGAGGUAAAGUGCCCAUAUUUCGGUGGAGACAUGAGUAAAGCUUUCCCUUGGUCUCGAAUUCCUGUUCACUAUAUUCCUCAAGCUCAGGGUUUAAUGGAGAUUCUAGGAAGGGAUUGGAUGGAUUUUUAUGUUUGGACGAUUAAUGGUAGUAGUCUAUUCAGAAUACAUCGUGAUCCAGAGUAUUGGGAUGUAAUGAAAAUAGCACUUUCUGAUUUCUGGUUGAAGCAUGUCCAGCCAGCAAGAGAGCUGUAUAGUAGUGGUGUUAUAACAGAUCCCCUUUUUCAAUUAAGAUCACUAGCACCAGCUCCUAGACAUGAAUUAUGCCGGGAUAUAGUUUAUAAAAGUAAAGUCAUUGUUGAUAAUUCUAAGUUUUUGAUCCGGGAGAUACAUGGGAAAAUGACAAACUGACUCAUCCACCUGUUAGAGCGGAGUCAUUAAUUUAGAAACAACAUGUUUGCUGUACAUUCCAUAAUACUUAAGGGGUUAGUGUGAAUCAAUAUAGUUUAGGAAGAUAUUGAUUUUGCUCAAGUGAAUUAUGGACUGGUGUUGAUUAUAGAACCAUCUACAAGAAGAGUUGCAGAUUUCAGGGUUAUGUUAAGUAUGACUAUUUACUUGCUAGAGAGUGCAGAAAGACAAACUUAGCUGGUUGUGCAAUGUUAAAAUUUGCCGACACUUGAGACUUUUCAAUUUCAUGCUGGUUGAUUUGUGGCACGGAGAUUCAAUAAAGUGUUACAUUUGGUAUUGGUUGUCUAACAAAUCCCUCCUCGUUUUUCUAGGCUUGAGACAGUUUUGUAGUGCAACAUAGGCAGAGCUAGAUUAUCUCAUAUACUAAAUGUGAAAGUAUUUGUUCCCUUUUGCGGUGUGUUAGAUAUAAAAUCAUUCAUAUUCCUUCAGCACAGCAUAAGCUUUUGGAAGGAACUGGUUCAUGACAUGGUAUUACACCUUCAACUAUGCAUAAUAUGGUUUGAAACUAUGGUCAUUUUCAAAGAUAUCGUAUGUUAACAAAUUGCUGAUUGUAGUUGAUAACUGAUACUACAUUCCUAGUUUGCACUGACUGAGUAAUAUAUUUUUAUUUAGCAGGAAGUCUUUUCUUGAAAAGAUUCAAUUUGUAUUCAUUCAUCAAACAUUCUUAUGAGAUUAUUAAUUUGAAACUUAGUUUCAUGCUGCACUCAUUCUUCCA